AUGUCUUCGAGUACAAUCAAAUCUGAGACUGAGAAAGCAAGCUCGUCGCAAGAUCCUGCUCCUGCGGACUCGAACAUCAAUCAUGCUGCGUCUAUUGAGUACUGGAGCAGUAAGCCAAGCACCCACAGCACAAUGCUCGGCGAGCUCGGCGAAUACCCUUGGUACACACGAAUUGAUCUCCAAGGGUCGAAGAACUUCUUGACGAAGGUUCGUCGCCUGGUCCCAUCCCUUUCUGGAAAGGAGAAAUUCAAGUUGGGCGCAGACUGUGGCGCCGGCGUGGGCCGCGUGACAGAAGGGUUUCUAAGCCAUGUCUGCGAAGUGGUGGACGCCGUUGAGCCAGUCGAAAAGUUUACCCAGGUCUUGAAAGAUAGUAAGCUUAAGCAAGAGGGUAUUAUUGGUGACAUCUACACCGUCGGCUUGGAGGGCUGGCAUCCGGAGAAGAAAUACGACUUGAUCUGGACGCAGUGGUGCGUGGGCCAUUUAACAGAUGCCCAGGUGGUUGACUACAUAGUUCGGUGCCGGUCUUCGUUGGCGGAAAACGGCCUUCUGGUUUUCAAGGAGAAUUUGUCCACUGAUCCUCAGAACAAAGAUAUGUAUGACGACGAGGACAGCAGCGUGACGAGAGCGGAUGCCAAGUUCAAGCAGCUGUUCGCUGCCGCCGGGAUGCAAAUUCUGAAGUCUGAAAUACAGACUGGCUUCCCAAAGUCUUUCGACCUUCUUCCUGUCAAGUCAUACGCCCUACGACCUAAAGUUUGA